CGGAGACCCUCCCCCUGCCCCGGGAAGAGGAAGGGAGAGAGGCCCGCCCGGGCACCCCGCGCACCCCGGAGUCUGCUGGCUGGAGCCUGGGGGCACCCGGCGGACCCAGCCCCCGAGAUGGAUCUGGACGGGCUCCUGCUGGACGAGGAGGGGACCUUCUCCCUGAGCGGCUUCCAGGAGUUCACGUUUCUACCAGGGCACCAGCAGCUGAGCGAGAGGGUGCGGAAGCGCUUGUAUUAUGGCUGGGACAAAGACUGUAGCCUGGACAAUCUCUCCAGCCCGGUGGCAGACAUCGCUGUCGAGUUGCUCCAGAAAGCCGCUCCCAGCCCCAUCCGCAGGCUGCAGAAGAAAUACGUUUGCCACGUGUCUCGGGAAGCCUGCAUCUCGCCCUGCUCCAUGAUGCUGGCUCUGGUUUACAUCGAGAGACUCCGGCACCGGAACCCUGAGUACCUACAGCAGAUCUCCUCCUCGGACCUCUUCCUGAUCUCCAUGAUGGUUGCCAGCAAGUACCUCUAUGACGAAGGAGAGGAGGAAGAGGUGUUCAAUGACGAAUGGGGUGCAGCCGGCAAGGUGGGGGUGCAGACUGUUAACACGCUGGAGAUGAACUUCCUGAGAGCCAUUGACUGGAGCCUCUACACUGACCCCAAGGAGCUGUUUGAAGUGCUGAGCUGGCUGGAAGGAUGCGUGGCAAAGAGGCAGGGCACCCAGCGUGGCUGGUUCACCUACACGGACCUGUGCGCCCUGCUGGAGCAGUCCCUCUGGCAGCAUGCCCUGGGCCAGUUCUACCAGCAGGUGGUGAAGCUGGCCUGCUUGCUGGGCGUGAUGUACUUGACCGGCAUUGCUGCAGUCUUCGCCUCCGUCACCGUGGUGCACCAGGUCGUGUAUGUGAGGAGCGCUGGCCCCGCUGCCCUCCGGCCUCUGCUGUUCUCCAUGGAUGGUGGGCAUCCACUGGGCUCUGGGGCACAUCUCGCCCCCUGCGUCACUCAGCUGCGAGAUCCUGCUCUGGCACUCCCUGGCCCCCCUUCCCCCUCCUGCUCCGAUAGCGGCUCCCUUUGUCCGGCAGAGAACGAGACGGUGGAGGAGCAGUGCUGCCCUGGUGGCGGGGUGACUGCAACGGCACUGUACCUGUGGGGCAGUGUGCUGACGGCGCUGUCCUACACGGAGGCCCCAGGCUCUGCUCUGCAGACUGGUCCCCGGCAAGAGCCCCCUCUCUGCCCACGCUGCCUGAAACUCCGCAGAGGGUGCAGCACCUGUGAGAGAUCCAACCGCACGAGCCCCAGUGGCCCCUUUGCCCUGCUCGCCCCCUUUGGACUCGGCCUGGGCCCCGCUCGCCUGGCACGUCGCUGCAGUGGCUGCUCGGCCAGCCCCAGCUGGGGCUGGCAUCCUUCCGCAGCCCCCAGCCCCCAGGACUGGCCCGACCCCCUGGGGCUGAAGCAGUGCUCCUUGGAGGCAGCCAUGAAUCUGGGCAGAAUCAAGACAUUCAUCUUCCCCAGCUAAGGCUGUGCAGUGACCCCCCACGGCCCAGCUUGGCCCCUAGAGAGACCCUGGCCUGUGGGGCUGGGAGGGCCAGGCCGCUGCAUUAGUUCCAAGCCAGUGUUUGUAGCCCCUGGGUUGGGCUUCUCUUCGCCAGACCCUUCAGGCUUUAUUGGGGGGGCAGCUGUGGGGAGGGUCUGGCUGAGUGCGGGUUGGGGGUGUGUGCGUGUGUGUGUGUGCGUGCGUGCGUGCGUGCGCGCGCGCCUGGGUCUGGCACAGGGGCAUGGCGGCUGUGGGGGGCAGCAAGUCUGCUGCGGGAUUAGGGUGCCCCAAAGCAGGGGUGCCAGUCACCUGCACCCCACUGGUGCCUCCCCGUGAAGCUGGGAUCUUGGCCCCCUGCUGCAUUGGGCAGCAUGGAGGAUGGGGGGAGCAGGGGUGACACAUGAGACUCUGGGAUCUUGGGCUGCACAAUGGAGGGUCCGGGGAGCAACCCUGAGCAGACUGGUGGGGACAGGGGCACUCUCUGAAGGGGCUGUAAGCUCCAGAGGGGAGUCAGGGGUGUGAGUGACGGGACCUGACUGCUCGGAGUGGAUCUGCUGGGUGUGGGGAGAAGGGGCUGGUUCUGCUGCCCAUCCUCACCCACCGUGCCAGCUCUCGCCCCGCCCAGCACCCAGCUCUUUUUAUGCGGGAUUUUAAACCUGCUUUUCACUCUUUUGUAAAUGAAAAUCUCUUCCAAUAAAGGUAGCUCUGGCCGUG